AUGGUCUUUAUUCAAUGUUCGCGGACCCCUACUACUUUGGCUGUUGUCGUACAAUUGGUUCAAGAUUCGGGAAGAUGCAGCUGCCGGAGUCGCUCUGAGCCUUGUUAUCGUUCCACAAUCAAUUUCGUUUGGGAUGAUGUCCCAAAUGUCCCCGAUGCAUGGACUGUAUUCCACCUUCGCGGGCUUGAUACUAUAUUAGCUGUAUGUCGGGUCCAAAGACGUGGUGAUCUCGGUAUUUUCAGGCCUGCUUUUUUGUUUCUCGCAACCCAGUCUAUCUCAACAGUCAAAACAACCGGCAGUGUUUUUUCCCCUUUCAAUCAUUGCGCUAUUGUGUACAUUAUUGACUACGCGGUCUCCUGCACAGCGGCGCCUCUGGAAUUUUGUGUCGACACUACGGUUUCCAAUCGUCAUUGA